CAGUUCGAGCGGCAGAGAGAGAGAGAAAAGGUUGUCGCUGAAAGCCUCACGGCUCAGUCCAGCAUGUCGCUUUUCCGUCCUCAGAGAGCUCUACUGUCCACAAACUGGAGACUGCCCGGAUCCAAAUGAAUGUUCAGACCAGCAGAUAGAAGCGUGUUUUAUUUUUUAUUAAACAAAGAAGAGGAAAAUGAGUCGUUGGGUUUGCUGUCCGCUCCUGCUCCUGCUGCUCCUUCUCGUGAUGUGUGAAGUUCAGGCUCAAGUGGAAAGUAAGUUACCACAGAUAGACAUUUCGUGGAUAUAUUGUCUAAAUUUAGCAACCUUUCACAGCAAAGUCGAUUUUAUUGACGAUUAAAGGAGCUUAUAUUCCCAAAAUGAGAGGUUUAACAUUGACUUUAUGAUUCCUGCUGUUCUGUUUACAGUAAAUUACUGUCAUCCAAAGACUAAAUUGUUAUUGUAAUGAAGCUUCAGCUCACGCGAGUUUGCAGUGAAAUAUUUUAUGAUUUGUGUAGAGUUACAGUUUUUAUUACAGUCACAUUUUUACUGCAGAUGGAGAGCAAAGCAAGAACCUGGAUUAUUGCUUUCUGUUCCAUAUUAUCAGGUUUAAACAGUAAAAGUAUGGCUCUGUUAUACAAAUAGUAUAACUUUAACAGUAGGGGAUGUUUUUUUUUUUAGUGUCAUCUUGCUUUGAUUUAGCUUUAGUCAGAUGCUUCACUCACGUUUGAUCUUGCUCUGAAAAAUGCAAGCAAAUACUUCUCCUGCUUAAAAAGUUCAUUUCAAUUAUGAGCAGAUUUUAACGUUUCUGCUAAUAUUCAUGACUUGAUGUAUAAAUUAUGCUUACAUAAUGACAGCUUACACUUGCCAGCAGUCGUGUUGGAUGUAAGGAAGUACUUAAAGUGUCGAAAACUGGCAGCAAAGUCAGGAUGUGCAAUGCUUGAAAGCAGGGGUGAUGCAAGGAGAAGCAAAACAACAGUCAUCCUGAGCAGCACUGAGAGCACAUGUGUUAGACUGCAGCUUUAGGGAUCAAGAUGACAGUUUUUCACAUCAGUUUUAAAAUAUGAUGGAGUGUAUGUUGUUUUGGUUCUUGUAGGAAAGCCCGUGAACUACUAAGAAGUUAUUAAACUCUCCAUUUGAGCCAAAAAUGUCAACACUGCUGGUAUAUUUAUACGCAAAGUGCCAUACAGAAUCGCUCCUGCAGGGAUACGUUUGAACGCGACUAAAAAAGCCAAUCGUAAAAUAAUCCAGAUUUACAAACGUCGUCACAUAUUUUCCUCUUUCUUCACGUGAAACCAAGGCAGCAGGUCAUUUCUCCUAAACUGGAGUCUGACCUGCAAACAGUCGGUGUAGAUAAGGAAGCACGUGCUCACCUGCAAUAAAUCCACAGAGGUUCAGCUGACAUCCCGCAGAGAAUCUACAAAUACAGAAAGAGAAUGUACUCAAUGUAAUCAGACGAUCGCUGAUUAUUAUGUCACUAAAUAGAGUUUAACAUCUUUUUUAUGACUUAUUAUAAUCAAUUACGAAAAUGUUAAAAAACACGAGAUAUUAUUGUUUUUGACCUGCAUGUAAAUCACCAUUCUUGCAAGAAAAUACAACCCAUUAAAUUCAAAGUGGUUGUCGUUUGUGUUGCACAAGAGUCAGGCGAAAUUGAAAGCAUCUUUGAGCAAACACUUCAAACUUUAAAGCCAAACUGAGUGAUCAGUAAAAGAGAUAAAGAGUGAGGAAAGUUCACUCUCUCGGUGAUAAGUGGAGUUAAGAAAUGCACACGCCAAAGCUGCUUAAGAUUAGAUGGAAGUUUCCUCCAGAUUCUGCUCAAGUUGCAGUUUAAGAGACUCGUGUUUCAGAGCAAGGUGUGAGGUUUUGCAGGAAUCCUGAGACCACCACAGCAUGUUUUAAUCGCUCGUUUCGAUCUGAUAGGAGGAUCAUUACUUCAUCGUUUAAAGUGGUUCUGCUAAAUCAUUGCUUUAGUUCUGACCCUCUCAGAUUUAACACACGCACGGUGGAUUAAUUUUUAUGGUUGCAACGAACAAACAACAAUGAUUUACCGACCCGUCCAAAAGUAUGGGAAUGAAACCGCUUUUGUUUGAUUAUUUUACUGAAGUCUGUGCGUGUGAAAGGAUUUUAUUUAUUCAACAAUAACAGUCUAUUCAACAUUUGUCCUCAAAUCAGCAGCUUUACGAGCCAAAAGCUGACUCCAGCACCGUGUCUUUGUGUGGAAAUCUCUGCAGCUCAGUGGACUCAGGAAGAAAGAUGUUUGUCCAGCUCUGUGAGGAGUCUUUAAAGUGGUUAAGCGCCCACUGACAGCUCGCUUCAGUAUUUCAGUUUGGGACCUCAUUACUCGACACACACAGCACACUUUUCAGGCGUUCAUUCAGGCUUUUCUGCUUUAAGGUCGCCCGUACAAACUGUCUGCCGUCUGAGAUUUCAGCGAACAAAAAUCCCAAAGGCAAAAUCCAACAAAAGGCACAAGGAGACUAGGGAUACACACAACAACUAAUGUCUGACGCACAAUGAACCAACAAAGACAGAGGGGAAGACAGGGCCUAUAUACACACACACUGGGAAACGAGGAACAGGUGAGGCAGAUGAGACACAGGUGAAACUCAUCAUGGGUGAUUAAUGAAGGAGGGAAAACUAGGGAAGUAAAACCAGACUAGAAACACGAGGAAUCAACUCCUACAAAAUAAAACAGGAAACACUGAAAACUGAUCUAAAGAAUAAAACACAGAGAACGUGAGGGAAACAAGGUCAAACACAAACUCAAAACACUGGGAAAAAUACACAGAAAAUGCACUAAAAUAACAAAACCAGGGGAAAACUAAAUAAACUAAACAUUUCAUGACAGGUCAGCCAUCAUUCUCCCCGGACAGUAAUAAGUUAUAGGUUUAUAUAACAGCGCUAAUAAAGAAAGUGUGUCUCUGCUCUGCUGUCACACUGAACUGAAUUACUGUAUCAUAUCGUCCUCAGCUGCACUUUGCACUUUAGAUACUCCACAUCUUUAAUGAAUCACUACUUGAAUGUGUGCCGCUCCUUCUGUCACCCGUUUCUUUUUACUCUGGCUGUUUUUGCUGGAAAUGUUUUCAGUUUAUUAGAGAGGAUUUUAUUGUAGUAGGUUUGUUUUUACAGCCUGUUUUUGAGUGUAGAAAACAACAACUAAACCUUGACUCUAAAACAUGCUUCAACUGUGUUUUUAUGAACUAUGAGAUGUACUGUACAUAAAGUGCUUAAAAACAUGUACAACUACAAACCACACUCCACUUUUGUUUUACAUAGAUUGAGUUAAUCUGCAGUAAACUCAGAUUAUGUGCCUUUUCUUCUGCACAUCCUCUUAGUUGCACAGUCUUGCCAUUUUCUGUAUGCUUAACUCCUUUUACUUUUUAAGACUGCCGUGUUCAGAUUGGUGUUUAAACAUUUAGUAUUUAUAGUGAGAACAGAAUUUAGUUACUGCUCGUUUAGUCUGCACCAGGUCUGGUUGAACAUCUAUGAUUAUAACACUCAAUGUCAAUUUACAACAUAGAGAAAAAAAGUUUGAAAAUAAAGUUUAAGAAAGUCUUGAGAAUAGUAUUCUGAGAUUAUAGUCCUAUUGUUUAGGGAAUAAAGUCACAGUAUUAUGAGAAAGAGGUGUCAGGUUUUGAAAUGUGAAGAAUAAACUGGUGUAUUUAUGAGAAAGAGGCCACAAUUGCAGGAUGUGGUUAGCCUAUUUCAAAGAUAGAUCAGCCUGCAGCCACAAAUGAGGAACGUGCAUCAUCCUGUGAAGUUGUACUUUGAUAUAAAUGCCAAACAAAAACCUGAAGACUUCAUCUUUCACUCUAUCAGAGGUUUCAUGAGUCUCAGGAUUGUGAGAAGAAACAGUCUGAUAUGAAUAGAGACAAUCCUAUAAUACUGUGGCUUUAUUUUUGUACAUUAUUUUCUCAAAAUUUAGACUUUUCAUUUUAAGAUUGUCAACUUUACUCUUAAAAUAAUCAUUUGUCAUAUGCAUAUCUAUAACUAGUUAUAUAAUCAGUCCAAAAGAGCAGCUUUAUGAUUACCUGUGCAUGAUUUAAUUGGCGUCUCUUAAUCUUAAUGUGAUAGGGCUGUGAUUUAUUAACGUAAAUUCUCCUCACCCAAGUCAGCAGACUUAAAUGCUGACGAUGGAGGUGACGAUUAAAGUGAACAAACUAUUAUGUAAACAACAUGCCUUUAAAAUGUAACCUUUUUGUGUAAAACUUCGCAUUAUCCCUUUAUUUCUGUCUAUUUGUUUGUUUGAUUAUGAUGAUGAGUGAAUUUAAUUAUGUCUUCUGAUACAGAAGAAAAGUUAACCACUUUACAGUCCUGAUAGUUUUAUUGUAUUAAAAAGUUCAGUACUGACGCAGCACGGUUUAAAUGUGGUCAAAGAGGCUCCUCCAGUUUUUGAAAAAGACAAAUUCUAUCAGAGUAAAGAGUAUGCUUCUGAUUAAUCCGCCUCCUCCUCUUUUAGACCGGGUGGUUUUCCUGCCGGGAACCUUCCAGAACGUGAGCGUGUCCCAGAACGAGACGGUUCAGGCCGUGGUCUCCAGGAUCCCCCCAGAGGUGGCUUUCAUCACCCUGCAGUUUCACACGCAGUACCGCAACGCCACGCUCUCCUACACCAGGGUGAGAAAGCCCCGACCUGGUUUUACAGCGUUCCUCCAGCAGUGUUAGUCAGUGUGCUAUGACUGUUCUUUCGAGAAACCUCGACCACUGCUGUUGUGAGAAAAAAAGUGACAGACCUAUCUGGUCCAUUUGCAUGUAUUAUUGAGCUAUGAUUAGCUGCUGCUGAGUGUGGUUUAGCUUCUUUAGAAUAGAAUAGAAUAGAAUAUCAUCAAAUAGAAUAGCAUUGGACAGAAGAAUAGUAAAGAGUUCAAUAGAAAAGAGUUAAAUAGAAGAGAAAAGUUUCUAAUAGAAUAGAAUGGCAGCAAAUAGAAGAGAAGAUGAUAGAACUGAAUAACAUCAAAUAGUAUAGAAUAGAAUAGCAGCAUAUAGAGUAAUGUCUAAUGAAAUAGAAUAGCAUCACAUAGAAGAGACAGGAAUAGAAUAGACAGCUUUCUGUGCAACGACAUCGAAGGUAUGCGCGUGCAACCUUGGGGCAGAAAGCGAGACAUUUCUUAUUUGUUUACUAGCGGAGUCAAUGGAGAAAGGAAAUGACAAGGAGCUGUUGUGGCGUGAACUGCACGAAUCGGCAAAACAAACAUGACGACCCUGCUCCUGAUAUUAGAAACAUCCAAAACAACGUCACAACCUGGUAAAUUGAGUGAAAUUUAUGGACAUUUUAGCAAGUGUUUUUCUGAUUUUGAUGCAAUGAAAGACAAAGCGAUGACAUUUUAUUGCAAUUGUGUAAGAGAGAACGGCAUCAAUACGGCAUCUUCAUUUAUAUCAGUUCACUCUGAAGCAGGCUUUUGCCCCAUGGUUGCGCAAAAACCUAGUAUUGUUUGUACACAACAAACCCGUCUAUAGACCAAGAGAAGAAAAUAGCAUCAAAUAGUAUAGAAUAGUAUCAUAUAGAAGAGAUCAGAAAACAAUAGAAUGAAACAUCAAAUAGUAUAGAAUAAAAUAGAAGAAUAGAGUAGAACAGAAAUUAAUUGCAGCAAACAGAAUAGAAUGAAAUCUAAUCGUAUAGAAAUAAUCAUAUAGAAAGUAUCGCACAGACUAUACAAGAAGAAAAUAGAAUGGAAUAACAUCAAAUAGUAUAGAAUAACAUGGAACAGAAUAGAAAUCAAUAGCAGCAAACAGAAUAGAAUAACACUGAGUAGAAUAGAAUAGAGUGGAAUUGAAGCAAAUAGAAGAGAGUAACAUUUACAAAGGAGAGAAGAGAAGAAGAUAGAAUAGAAUAGAAUGGUCAACUUAAAGUUUUAAUUUUCCUCUGUCAUGAAAACUUUCUGACAACAUUUGGCUGAAGUUUCUUCCUCAGAUAGACCUUGUUUUUUAAGAGUAAUAUACUAAUUUAACCAUGAAGAGACCGGACACAGGCUUCUCUCGAACCACCAGACUCCAAUGACUAACAGUAGUUUAACUAAUGCAGAACAUGCAAGUCUGCUCUGAACUUAUUAAGCCGGACCGCUGAGUUUGUUUGCGUCGCUGUGUUGGUUUUGGCUCCGAAUGUUGGAUCCUCGGUAACCCUUAACCCUUAUUACAUUACAGCCAAUGAGUUCUGCCUUUUUAACUCUACAUGGACUAUUUACCUGUCCUCCUACGCAACUAUUACAGGCUGAAUUUCUGCUAUUCAGGCUGCAAACAGAAAACAGAGGGCUUCCGAUUACAACCUCUGCAUUCUGCAUGUAGAGAUUAACAUAAUCUGUGUUAUGAAGGCAUAUUUGGACUUUUUUCUUUCAUCAUGUCGAGCUUGCUGGCAUUUUUUUCAUGGUACAGAGAUUGCAGCAGCAUGACAUUCCUCUUAAACGGUUUCAUAACAUGCAGAGCAAAGGCAGAAAUAAAAAUGAGGGGAAAAACAAGAAGGAAUGUCAGUUUUUUUGAGUUUGACAUGUUUUAUUUUGUUUUAAAUCAAAUUGCCUAAAUGCCUAAUCAUCUGCUUGAGUUUUUCCUCACUCUUAAUUGAGCGAAUGCGAACUAAACUGUGAAAUUAAAGAUAUGCUUCAUGCAGUAUGAACGCUCAGUUAGUUCAACUUAUCAAUAAUGAAUGAAGCUUUGUGGAUCGAGGUCGUCUGACCAAGUGAGAGAAGUGGCAGUCAGCUGAUGUACAGUCCACUGGUCAUGAGUGGCAGACAGGGCGGCCCAGAGGAAAAGCCUUCUGGCCCGGCUCCCAAAAGUCUCAGGCGGACAGCUCGAGUUUGAGUCCGAGCUUGAUGGACGGGGCAGAGAGCCUAAAUUUAGUUAACCGUAAUUUUUCUGAUGAUGGGACACAGUGAGGGAAAAAAAGAAAGAAAAACAAAUCUGGGGAGUUUCUCAGUGAAAGGAAACAUGUCCUGGAAAAAAAAUUAGUCCUGUUGACGCAAAUGGGGUCGAAACUUGACGGAGCGGGUCAGUAGCACCAGAAUUAUAAAAAAAAGAAACAACAGGCUUAUAAACGCUAUUAAGAUCCACUCAAUGUAUGACGUCACAGAUUGGUGAACACUGAAUUAGGACUUUUCAAACUGUUGGGGUCUAAAACAUACAGACGUAUUUCAUGAGUUUUCAUUUUAAACAGAGAAACUUGGCUUGUAAGCAUGGCAACAGUCAGUUUGUUUACAUGCACAGCUUAAUAGGACUAAUGCUGCAUUCGAGCUACCUUGGAAGUCAGAUUUCGGAGCUGAAAAUGACGUCACACCCGAGUUAUCAGUGUUUCAGUUACCAAGUCGGAAAAAAGCAAAAUCUGAGGCCUUAAAACAAGAUGGCUACAUUUAUGAAAGUUACUGUAGCGCUAGCGUUAUAUUCGGACAAGCGCUUAAAUAACUUUCGUAGAUGUAGCCAUCUUGUUUCUGCCUCCGAUUUUGCUUUUUUUCCGACUUGGUAACCGAAACGCUGAUGACUUGGGUGUGACCUCAUUUUGGAAAACAACACAACCACAACGAAUGCAGUAUAAGCUCAUAAUUCGUUUCUUUUUUUUUUUUCUCGCCGAAUCAGACUUCUCUCCUUGUCACAAAAUCUGAGAAAAUCAAAUUAUUGACAUGAACGUGUCCUCCUCCCCAAAACUAGGGGGCAGUGUGGGUAUUUUUAGCUGCGCUGUUUCCGAUUGACCCCAUACAACUGUCGACAAUAACAGCAGGUCCGUGACAGACAUCAGAAGUGGCUACAACUGCUGCUGGGCAUUUUCGAGCAAGAAGAUGGAGCAUUGUACAGCGUUGUUUUUGUCGUACGUGAUGUACAAGCUACUUUUUCAGCAGAUUUGGUCUCCGAUCCUGGUUUUGUGACCGUCCAUGUUCUUUAAAACGUCCAUUUCUUUCAGGAGGGAAAGCAUAACGGCACCCUCCUCGUCGUUCCAAAAGAGGACAUUCUUUCGUGUUUCAGCCAUGUUGCAGUUGCUUCUGAGUCAAAAGUUCUUCAAAUGAUAGCGCCACUUCUUCUCUGGUGUUUUGUUCUGGGCUUACGAGGUCAUGGCGCACGCGCACAUGCAUUGUCCAAUCAUACUCCGACUACGCUGGUUACAUGGUAGAGAAAAUCAAAUUCCAAUCGCAUUAUCUGGGUGUCUUCAUCGGAGUUCUCAAACUCUGAUUCCAGUCGGACGAAGGUAUUUACAUGCACUUCAGUUGUCCGAUCUUUAUCGAGUAAGGCAAUAAUUCGGUUUUCUUGAGUGUCAUGUAAACAGACUGAGAGGAAGAGGCUUCUGUAGAGCCGGGUUCCAGAAUGGUGGUGGUGGGGGGUUCUUAAAGAGACAGUAGCUGAAAUGAAGCGGUUCAGAUGAGGAGAAAGGGUUCCCAGAGAUGCCGAUCUGAGAGUCUGUAAAUCACAUUCAAAUUAAAGCCUGACAUAGAUCUUUCAUUUGAAUCUCCGAUGCGACUUCCCUGUCAGUGACUAAUGACUCCUCAUUAGGUCGUAAAUCCUUUACACACUUUGGGUUUGAAGUCGCUCUGUCUUAGCGGAGUAUUAGAUAAAUCCAGUGGAAACCAAAUCAAAUGCACCAUCUCUACCCAGGCCACUGUCUGCUCAAGAUGCCGGGUAUCAUACAAUGGAGUUAUUGUUGGAGCAGUCAGACUGAGAGUCACACUGUGUGGGCACAAUGCUGCAAUACUGCCAGACUUGUCACAAGAGUUAUUCAGCAUUUACUCUCUGAAAAUGAUUUUUCUAAAUAUUUGGUGUUUGUCCCGCAAAGCUGAUGUCUAACCAUCUACUUUCUGUCAUGGCAAAACAAUUCUGACUCGGAUACAUUUAAUUUCUUGGGAUAAUUAUUCUGAGGUUGAUAUAAUUUAGCCUUAAAACCCCCAGCUUUGUAUGACAGCCUGAUUAAUGUGGGAAGUUUAAAAGCAAGACUAGUUUAGAGGAAAAAUUCACAUUGAGCAGAUAUUAAAGCAUUUAUAAUCAAACGCUGAACCACAAGUAUGUAUAGAGUGGAGGCUUAAGCUAAGAGGAAGUUGUUCUGAUCAAAGAGGGGGGUGCCAUGACUGUUUCAUUUUAAGGUUUUUAAAUGAGCUUAAUAACAAAUGAGUCCAGGCCUGGAGGUCUGUGCCGUUUGAUAUGUGCGGAAGUUUAUGAUAAAAGUGAAACUAUCCCAAACUUUCAGAUUUAACAGCCCAAGCCUGUUAAUCCUGGGAAACUACAUUAUGAGACAUAAACUGUAGGUUUGACGGGGUCAUUGAUAAGAGAGGAUAGGUUUUUAAUUUAUGACUGAUCCUUAAAUGUGCACUAUAAAGAUAAGACUCACUAAGAGUCCCACUGUCACUGUGAAUUUUUGCAACGUCAACAACUUGAGUCUGCAGAGCACAAAGGGAGAAACCCAGUAAGGGGGGAAACAACCAAAUGAAAUAUUUUACAUGUUUUUUCCAACAGCGAGCGCAGAGAGUGGUCAUUUUUUUCCCACUGGAUAACACACAUGCUAUUGUUGUUAUCAAACUGGGUCACAUAAAUGAGGAGUUCACCAGUUCAGGAUGUAGAGGACUGUGUCGCCGUGACUCACUCUGUAACAAAGAUGUUCAGCUGGGUUUUAACGGAUUUAUUACCCACAAGUUUCAUAACGAUAAAUAUUAGUUAUUGAGGUUUCUUUGGCCGAUUUUUAAAACUACACAAGCAGUUUAAUAAAAAGAAACAAAUCCAGAUAUUUUGCAGAUGUAAAUUUGACCCCAAAGCAGGUUCAGAAACAGAAAAAUCACCUAGUUUAUAUUAGCAUUCAGAACAGAGUUGUGUCGUUUAACAGAAAAAGGUAAAAUAGAGAUAAGACUGUUAAGGAAACUGAACUGAAUACUUGUGUUUGUGUUCCUUUUUUUUACGAACCUGUUGGUGUGAAACCACAGGAAACAGCCAGUGUGGUUUUUGAUGCCAGGGCUCACAGUGUUUUACUCUUAACUCACGUCAACUAACGGAAGAUCUCAAAGAGGUGGUAUCGGAGUUUAAAAUGUUUGUUGGAGUAAAUCCAGGAUGUGUCUGCAGGCUGUUUUGUUUAAAACAUCAGAGGAGAUAACUCAGCAUCAUCUGCAUAAGAGUUGCCCAAUUUGUGAACUCACCAAUCAAUCAGAUUGAAGCCGAAACAGUUUUUAAAGACACCGAUCUGAGAAGAUUGAAGAGUUUUUUGUGCUGUAAAUUAUGUUGAGGAUGGAAAGUAAAUAGCCUGAAAAGUAUUACCUCCCUCUUUAGUUGUGCCGAUCACUGACACUAGGGCUGGGCGAUAUGGCCUCAAAUCAAUAUCACGAUAUUGUCGUAAAUUUCGGUAUCAGUAAACUUUCGGUUCAUCACCCAGUCCUAAUUGACACCCAUUUGAACCCACUGAUGUAUUUUAUGGUCUCAGGCACGGAGGAAUAAUUUAUCUCAGGCUUCAGCCCUGAAAACAAGCAUUUUUCUUUGGGAAGUUUGAUAUCAGCAAUAAAAUGUUUAAUUCCAUCAGAUUAUCCUGGAAGAGGGACCAACUCUAAACCCCAUUUGAACCCAAGCAGCCAGUUUAUAUCACGGGUUUGUUAUACAAUUAAUAAAAAUGAAUAUUCCAAAUAUCUUAGACUUAGACACGAGCGAUCUGUUGACCUUUCAGCCUCCACACUCUUAACCAGCUGUAACAUAAGCUCAGCUGUUUGAAAAUGUCACCGCUUCGAGUGUGUCGACCACGCUUAAAGAUAAUCCUCAGCUGUUGCCGAACAGAGUGGGUUAAAAACACGGUAAUCCGUGAAACAAAGACGCGACUGUUGAGAUGUUUUCAGAUGUUACAGACGACUGUCUCGUCUUCAUCUUCAGCUGUUGACACGUGUUUACAUCAGCCUGUUUGUUUGUCAGGAUGUUUCACAGUGGAGUUAACCAACUCUUGGAGAAAGUGUUUAUGAGCGUAGAAACCACAGAGCUCAACAUAACUGAGCCAUAAUAAGGCAAGAAAGUAUGUAGGUUCAUUCCUGAUCAUGCUAGAUUACAGUUUAAGCCAUGUUAGCGGCGUAGGAAUGUCAGGUGGUCAGGUACAGACAAAAAUAAUUAAAACUGAUAAACUAAAAAAGAAGAUUUACUGACAGAUUAUAAAGUAAAAGAGGAAAUGAGCGGACGUUUUUUUUAUUUAUGAUUGACGAUGACAAGGAAUGGCAACAACGGAGGAGGCUUCUAGAAAGCAGGCGGAUUAAAAAGACGUCUUUUGUACAGGGGAGCUGAGUUGAAGCAGAAAACACCAGCCUGAUAGUUUUCUGUGUUUGACUGUUUUGUUCCGUUGGUGCGCCCGCUGACAAGAUGAUGUCUGUGUUUGCUUCAGGUUCCAGACCUGGGUCUCUCUCUGACAGCAGUGGACUCAGGACUCCUGUCGCCUCUGGACCCGGGCCAAACCGCCCUCUCCUUAUUCCUGUUGUCCCUGGAUGGUGACCCUGUGACCGGCACGGGGGUCAUCCUCCCAUACUCCAGCGCCGGUACUGUUCUCACGAGCUCCUCUUUCAUAAUCUCAGUGUUUCAUAAGAGUUGAGAAAAAAACAGAAGUUGCAGCGACUCUUAAGUUUGUUUCUGCUAAACCAAAGUUACUUUCACAACGGCGUGAGCCGCUCAGUUUGGAGUGAUUUACUCUUGAGGAAGUUCUUGCAGACCACACUGUCACUGACUGUGCGUGCUGCGGUUGCUCAUGAGGCUUUCUGGCGUGUUCAAACUCGCCAGCAUAAAAAGUCAUCAUGACACCGCAGGGUUCGACAGAGUCCUCAUGUGCCCGAUGCAGAAGUUAACUUAAGGUUGUGUUGUUUUCCAGAUCCAGUCCCUGGAGCUUGUAACACUGAGUUCAAUCUAGACAUCGACCCGAACGUCUACAUUCACUACAACCUGUACGAGACCACCAUCCGCUUUGCACCUGCAAAUUUAGGAUAUGAGAGGUAACACGCUAAACUUUCUGGUAUCGCCUGUUCAGCUUCCUGUUCUGCCUGUUCAGCUGCAGUCAAACCGCUGCGCCGUUUGUUUGCUUUGCCUGAUUUAUCAGCCUCCCCUCCUCCUCCUCUCUUUCCCCUCUUUCUCCUCCUCUGCUGUGGCUGUUGGUUCUUGCUUCAUUUCCUCAUGAAUAGUAUUUAUUCAGUCUGUCUGAACAGAGACAUGUCCUUUCCUGCUGCUCGUUCUGCUGACGCCUCAGUUUUUCACUUUUGUUUAUCUCUGCCUGAUCCAUAGAGGACUGCAGUUAUUUGUAACUUUAAAGAACUACAAUAGGAUGUACGGAGAGAUAACAUCACCUUACUACACCACGAUGUUUACUACUCUAUUCUGAUUGGCCAGAGCAUAGCAAUAGUUUUUUCUGCUAGCAGACUGAUAAAGACAGAACUAACAGUUUUUAACAUAUUCAGUAUAAAAAGGAAAUCAAAGCACAUGUGUGAACUAUAAAUAUGAUUAUAAUUAACUGUUUUGGUCAAAGUCCUACAUUUUAUUGCACAAACAGAUCCUUAUGAACGUUGUAUUUUAAAUGAAAUACUCUGUUUUUCUUUUUCUCAUUUAAUUUUUUUUUUUUUUUUUUUCUGCCGACAACAAAAAAGCAACAACAAAAUGAUAGAACACUUUACUGGAAAUAAAAAUUUAAAGUUAAUAAACUAAAAAAUGAGGUUUACUUUAAAAAACAAUGAAGGAGGCCUCUAGAAAACAGGCGGAUAGGAAAGAGUUUUUAUGCAGGGGAGCUGAGUUGAAGAAGCUAAAUGAGUGUUUUUAAAAACACCAGCCUGAUAAUUCAGUGAUAAUGGGGAAAUAGACAAUAAUGGCAACCUCUGUCGAGAGGAGAAAAUAAGAUAAAAUUCAAUAAAACCCAAACAUACAAAUGUAUUUCACCCCGCUCCAGUCGUUAAUGUAUUUAAAAUUACUCCUACAUACAUGUUUAUACAUUUCUCAACUGUAAAUAGAUCCUGUCCAUCAGUACACUUAUGCCCCCUCUAAUUUUGAUAUUAAUAAUAAUACUAUUUUUUAAAUUUGUGGAGGCUAACCAAGGACAAAUAAAUGAAUAAAAAGUUAACACAUCAAAAUGUUCACUGUCAACUAAAUAAAACAAAUAAAAACAUAAAAAAUUGACACAUAGGAACACGAUAAUUAAUAAUUUAAAAGACAAAGAAUACUUGAAUAAUUGAACUUCUCUUUUCAACAUCUAAUUAGUGAUUAUUCCACUACCGUAGUAACUACCAUGACUACCGUAGUAAAUCAUAUAUAUGCACAUGCCCACAAAUCUCAGCUUUCAAACACCGUUGAAAUUUUUCUGAUCGGACAAACUUUGACGGGAUUAUGGUAGGAACACUCCUAGAACACUCAUGGAAUAAAAAAGUAAGGGUUAUGUGGGGUAGCUAGUUAGCCCGGGUUUUCAGUCUCGUCUUAGAGACCACAAAAACGACUGAUAAGCAGAUCUCGAGACGUCCCGAGGAACCACUUUAUUAAAAACUAUUAAUAAGUCAAAACAGAGACGAGGGGUAGCUGCAGUUUUUCAAGCUGUUAGUCGUGUAAUAAUCAGAAGAAUAAUCCAUUUCUGUUGUGGUUAAGAGUCCCUUCAGGGCGAGCAGGACCUCGAUGUGAAAGAAGGCGCUCACUACACUACAUCAUGGAUUUACCCUCCACACUAUAAAUCAACAGAAAGAGUCACCACCGGCGGGUAAAACUUGUGGUGAAAUGGUUUUUUAGUUUAUGACCGCUGUUGGUUUAGAGGAAUAGUGGCGUCUUUGUUGGCUGUCUUUGGUUUCAGGAUAGACUUGUUGGACGUGUCUGGCUGUUGUGAUUUGUUAUUGUGUCAGAUGAGCCGCUCAUGUGAUGACCGCACCUUCCCUCAUAAUUUUAGUCUUUAAAGUCAAACACCGAGAUGUAAAUGUGGGGGAAGUUUCCACACAAUUAGAUCUCUAUGAUCAUGAAAACAUCAAACUGCAUUAAUUUAUUUAAUGUUUUUGAAAGUUUGGAGUUUAACUUCUCCUCUGCAGAAGGUGUUUGUAUAAAAUCGCUCUCACAUCUAUCGUUACUUAACUGUGAUUCACACAGCGCACCAACAAACCACAGCAUCUUACAGGAUUACAGUAGAAACUAUCUGUGUCAGGUUUCACUCUUAUUGUCCUCGCACAUUCACGUCUACCCACUUUUGUUACUCUUGCUGCCCUCGCUUUUUUGUUUUUGUCUCUUAAGUGUGAGAAAAUAAAACCGUUUACUGUCUCGGUUAACCAAGAUUUAUACUUUAAACUUGUCGUGCAAAAAGUUAAAGUAUUUGUGAGCGAACUUUUGCAGAAGUAAAAAAGAGAUGCACAUCAGAUCUCAACGAAAUCCAUUCUGAAAGUAAAGAAAGAAAAGAGUGUUUCAUAAGAAUGAAACUCUGCUCCCACUGGUUCACCUUUUCUCACACAAACACCCCGACUCUGCACACACAGCAGAAAGAAACGUACUAUACGAAGUGACCAAAACCACCGCAGUGGCUCUGAAUGUCACCAUCUCCACCUAUGAGCAGCAGAAGAGCUCCGUCAGGUGAACAGGGGUCACACAUGUAUGGUGCAUUUACAGGAAGGAUGCAUGAGGUGACAUUUACUCUGCAGAGCUGCAUGUGUGUUGUCUCUUCGGUUGCAUCAGAGAUACAGUGAGAGAGGAGGAAGCUGAAUUUAGUGUGACAUUGUGUUUUUAAAGGUUUAGCAGACGGUUUUACACAAAAUGAGAUCUGAUAGUCUUGUUUAUUGAAUAAUAUUAAAAAAGAGUCGACAUGAAAUUCAAUCUCUGCACAGAUGUCGAACACGAUAUCCGGACAUCCUUGAAAAAUCUCCUCUGUCUGUCUUUCUUUCUCUCUCUUAGGGGGGAAGAUCCUCCACCCUGUGAUGAAUCCACACUGCCCACCACCCGCUGGCGGCUGCAGUACGACGUCUACCAGUACUUCCUGCCUGAAAACGACCUAUCAGAGCGCAGCCUUUUCCGAGGCAUCCAGGAGGUGGCAGAGGUCAACGGCAUGAUGGCGAACGGCAAACGGGUGCGAAACCAAAACCAGGUUCUCCCCAUUUUUUGGGGUGUUUGAUUCACAAACAUGUUGUGGCUCAUUCCUGGUGGUCUGUCUGCAGGUGAUGACGCUCUUCUCGUCCGACUUGAGCUCUGCCGUCUUCAACUCCAUCCCCGGUCAAGGCGUCAUCUACUCCGUCAUCGUCAGAGACCCCCUGAGGAACACCUCGUCCUCCUACGUCCCCGUCCACACCUACGCCUGCAGCUUCGCCUCCACUCUGGACGGCUGCCAAACCCUGGGUGAGCCCUUUUCUGCUCCGAACACGACAACUGGUCCAUAAUCGGAUUGUUUGUAAUCUCGUGUUUGUUGGAUUUGUUUAACUUUGUGGAAACAUCAAACAGAGUAUUUGCUGAAAUGCUCUUAGAUGAAGUUUGAUCUUUAAAAUCUAUCUUUUGAUAUCUGAUUGUUGUUUGCAGGAAAAAUCACCACAAAGGUUUUUUUCACCAUCACCGGAUUGGCGGGUCUGUUUGUUUGCUUCUGUGGACAUCGGUUCUUCAAAAUAGGUGAGCGGUUUGACAUUAAUGAUGCUGUGAUAAUGUAGGUUUAUCAAAAGAGAGCGCUUAAAUGAGAAAUGACUGCAAAUCAAAACAAGUCAAGUGUCACUUACCACGACUCCUCAGCCAGACUGAUAGUGAAAGUAUCCCCCUGAUCAUGGCAGCUUCCUGUAUCAAAAAAACAGAGAAAAUAAAGAGUUAAACAUUUGAAGAUUUACUCAAAUUAAAGGCAGCGCGACAAAAUUGUACAAAAAAUUGCCGAAAGUAAAGUUCAAGUACACAAUGUGAAGCCUAAAGGUGAAAAAGUCGCACAGAGGGGAAUUUUGGGCCUAACAUGAAUCAGGCCGAGGUCUCAGAGGACACGGCAGCAUAACUGUAUUAAUGACUGAAAACUCGAAUCGUGACGGUAUCAAACGAAUGUAACGAUAAUUAAUGUCUCAUGAUGGAGCUCAUGUUUUUAUUCUGAUAAUGGGAGUAUUUAUAGAGAUUAUGAGGAGACAGCAGAGAGGAGGAUUCAGGGACUGACUGCUCCACCAACCCCAGACUUUAGACCAGGUCUUUGUUGGUCUCAACUACAGACUGUUUCUGCUGCAUCAAGACGCCUCCUUUACGUCUGAUCACAAUUUUCUUGCUUUAUACAAACAGUGGAUACCAGAUGUAAAGGUGCAUUGAGAGUAAGGGAGAACAAACUUGUAUUCUUUGCUCUUGGCGACUACAAUAAAGCGUUUAAACCCUGCAGCCGAACAAUAUAAACGACAGUUGGUGUUUUUAUUGACAAGGACAGUGUAACUUAAGAUUCAGUUUUAAUCAAAAUGUAGGUUAUUAUGCAGGUUUUAUGGACGCUGGAGGACUGACACACUUUUCCUUCACUUAAAUGACACCAGCAGUUGUACCUGUGUGGGGGUCAACUGGGGUCACACGUGAUUUUGUUGACAGAAAUACUCGGCCUGCUCUUCCUGGAGAUUUUCAGUGAGAUGACCUGGCUUUGGCAGCCAUCAGGGGUGAAAUAAAACCCGGUCUGUGGUAAAAGCGUGAUUGUAAAAUCCCAAAUGAGAUUUCAUUGUGAAACAAAAGUACACAAUAAAAAGGAACAGUAAAAAAACAGUCCGGUCAAGUUUUUGGAGUGAACAAGAGCUCAACAAAAAAUUUUAAUUUAUGUUUUUGAAGCCCUGUAAUGUCUUUAUUCAUUUAGAGGAAAGGAUGAUGAACGGAGUCUAAAAUGUAGAAUAGAGAGCGGAGAAAUAACACAGAAUGAGUCCCAAUACAACUUUUUUUAUUUCGAUACGAUACCGAUAUUGUAGCCUUCAAUAUCAGCCGAUACCAAUGUUGCAAUGUCUUUUUCGGACUUUGACGAAAUAUACUGCCACAUAGCCGACAUCAAUCAUACUCCUUGUUACUUUGUUUGUACCUUAGUAUACACUGUUAAUGUGUUAAUGCAUGCUGGAUCUGGGCGCUGAGAUUUUGAGAUUUUAGAUGCAGGCCGAUAUGGCUGAUAUCGGACCGAUAUCCGGUGUAAAUAUUAUAUCGGGACCCCUCUACUGAGAAUACAUCUUGCCAAACCAGCAACCAGUGGAGGAAAAAUAAGAUAGUCAGGUCGGCCCAGCCUGAAGUGUGGGAAGGUUGGAAGCGGACGCUGUGAUUGGUUUGAGGUCAUGUUAUGCCCCAAAAUACGCCCAUGAAUAAUGAAGAAGCUGCCGUUUGUGUCCUUCUCUUUGUUUUGCCUUUUUAUGUGUAAAAAAGAGGAGGUUACCUAAACCGUUCACUUUAACCUAUUUGUUCCAACAUUAACCUCCCCCAGAAUCCAAAUCUGGGUUUAUCGUCACGUAUUUGAAAUUAGUCCUCGAGAAGGAGUUUAAAUUUGUGCAAAAGUGUGCUUCAAUAAAUCAUGCAAAGCUCACGCUGUUGUCUCAUAACUCGCAGAGAAAAAAAACAGCUCCAUGUGCUCACAAUAAGACGUCGUGAUUAAAUAUAAGAGCUGCAGAAAUCAGAUUUGUUUUCUUGAAGAAAGAAGUUAAUCUCAGGCAAAUACACUUCUCUGACAAACUCAUUUGCAAGUCAAAUACCGUCUCGGGGAUGUAACGGAAUAAAUCGGGGGCUGAAACGACUCAUGAUGAGAAAAUUCGAGUGUCUUUGUUCUGGAGGUCUGCGGGGAACACAUGAUCGCCGUGCUGUGGUUUAAGAUUAACCAUAAAACUCUGCAGCCUGAAUGUGAGAGGAGGAGAUGAAAAGGUUGAAAUAUUGUGACUCUGAUAAAGGACUCGUCAGAGCCGAUCAAACCGUUUCGUAAUUCUGUUAAUUCCACUUAAAAGCAUUGAGUUAUUCAGAAUCAGUAAUUAAGUCUUAGUAACGAGUUAAACUUUUAAGAUAACUUCAGACAAAAUGAGCUUAAAAGUGAAAAUCCUGUUGAGAUUUCACCCACAGCAGCUCUCACCAAGUUUACCAAAACCCAAGUUCACUGAUAAUCUGACGCUUGUUUGUUGAUCCAGCAGAGGAAUCCAUAAAAAAAGGGUAAAAGCAAAGAUUAGCCGAGGUCAGGGGUCACGCUCACGUGUCAGAAACAAAGCGGAAACUGAACUGUUGUGAUGAUGAUGAUGAAGAGGUGUGGAAAUCUGGAGUUAAUCUCAUAUUGAUUUCUUUUAGAAGAGUAAAUAGAAUAAACUCAGUUCUCCGGUUGCCUCACAUGUGAUUCACAAAUGUAUUUGUUCCAAUCUGAACUCGUGACUGCGACCCGCCGCCGCGCCACACAGAUCUGAUAAAUCUGAAGUGGCAGAGUCAGAGGAUGUGAUGUGCAAACUCUUCAUCCUGCAGCAUGUGGUUUCAAAAGCAUCCGUCAGCUGAUUUCUCUGAUGUUUGUGUAAACAUGUCCGGGUUGGUUUCAUCGAUCUUCCUGACGUGUUUUGUUCUUGUCCUCUCUGCCGCAGAGCUCUUCUGUAUGGGGUUCAGCUUCGCCGCGUUUUUCUCCUUCGUAGCCUUCACGAGGUUGACCAAACUGGACUAUGACAGUGAGUUUUCAUCCACUCUGUUCAUUUUUGGAGAUUAAGUCACUGACCUUGAACUCUGGUUGAAGUUGCCUGAGAUACACUCCUCUAAAUUGAAGUUGACACGUGUGCUGUUCCCAUACUUUAGACAUUUUAUUCAGUCAGAUGCUGAUUAUAUUGAGAAUCAAAUGAUGCAUUUCUAAUCUUAAUGAAUCCCAUGAUUGUGCAACUCGUGAUUGAUCACAAACUUUUUAUUUCUUAAUGACUUUAGAGGAUAUUUUUAAAGUUUUUUAUGGAGAUUAGAGUGGAAAACAUGAUUUUUUUCCCCCUGUUAUCAUCCCAACGAUCAGAAACAAUGAAAACAGCUGAUCAGGACUUCCUCCAGAGGAACCUCAAAGGUGCUCCAAAAAUCCCCCAUGGCAACAACAAGUCCAACAACUGUACACAGAUAUUUGUUUGUUAAGAUUUUAUGAGUCAAAAGUCAUUUCCUGCUUCCUCAGAGCAGAUUAAAAUCUCUCACAGGUUCAUUGUGUCUCAGCACCUCCUGGUUUCCUGCAGAGUUGGACGAGGAUCAGGAUCUCCAAACUUGCAUGCAUUAUUUACGCCAAAAUGUUGGUUAAUUUUAGUUGUAACUGCGUUGACUUUGACAGCCCUAAGCUUCAGAAUUCUUGCACACUUAGUAGAUGUAAUCAGCAUCUGUUGGAGCUCCUCCUCCUCCUCUAGUUUUUGAUGGUACCCGGUGAGAUGUUGUAAUCUUGCCCCCCUCCUCUCUCUCUGCAGUCCGCCUUGUGUUGUCAGCGGUGAUCGGCGUUGUGGGCGGGGUAAUCCUCGUGAUGAGUUGGUGGCGUUUCGGUUCUGUCAUGGCCUGCAUCGUCGUGGUCGGUCUGAUGCUGGGUUUCCUCCUCGCCGCCACCAUCCUCUUCACUCCUCUAGGUAAGAACAAGACCCGACCUGGUUCUACAAGGAGGAUUUCAGGCUCUUAAAUACUGUAGAAAAGCUGCAGUCACAGUGAAGCUAUACAUGCCAGUGCAUGUUAUAAAUACUCAGUGUGUGUGUGUGUGUGUGUGUGUGUGUGCUUCUCCAGGUGAUCUGGACGUGUUCAGGCACUCUGAUGUGGUUUUCUGGGUGACGUUCUGCUGCAUCAUGGUCAUCGUUCCACUCUUCUUUGUGCGCUGGCCCCGAGAGGUAACUGAAUGAACUCUUAGACCCUCUUCACUCAGUUAGUUUACACUUCAAACAGCUGACUCUGGCGCCCUCUAGUGGUAGUACCAAAAUGUUACACAGGUUAUAGUAUCUGUCCAUUACUCUUCCAUCAUUAAGCAUCAUAAACCGACCUAUCAUCGUCUUGUACAGCCACGGGCGGCCUGGAAGAGUCAUUGAAUCUGUUGCUGCUUUAACAGGGGAACAUCGUCACGUGUGGUAUUGUCGGCGCGUACGCCGUCAUCCUGGCCAUAAACGCCUACAUCUACACCAGCCUCUCCUACAUCGCCCUGAACAUCCUCAAACGCUUCCUCAACAACAACUUCAGCGCCGUGUUCACAGACGUGCCGUUUCAAAUCAUAGGUGAGUAAAACCCCGACUCUCUUCAUCUGUCCAUCCAACCUCUGAUCUCAUCUCAACAAGUCCUCUUCGUCCUCUUCCUCCUCAUCCAGAUUACGCCAUGAUCACAGUAUGGGUGGUCCUCGGCGUCGGGGGGAUCGUCCUGCAGCUCUAUCGAGAGCGAACUCGCCCAUUCUUUCCGCCCAGCCCGUAUCUCAUGUGGCUGCAGGAGCGCGAGCGCCGCAAAACCAACGUCCUGGACCCUAGCCACCAUUUCCCCCCACUGCCGAACCGCAUCCUGGCCCGAGCACGGCAACUCACCAGGAGGAGCGAGUCAGCUGGAGAACACACACCCCUGCUACUUUAAAACUGUCUAAGGGCGGGUUAUUACAGGUACAGGUACUGUUGGGCCCUCAGACCUCCAGGUAACAGGACUCCAGAGGCAUGGAGGUGGUCUGUAGGAGGUUUUUCCUCAUCUUUGUUGCUGGGACUUGACCAAAGAUCAGCAGAGAAGCAGCACUGAGAGGGCUGAAAUCACUGACACUCUUUAAGUGGAUCUGAACUUUUUAAACCUCUUUUGUACCGAGACUGACUUUUUUUUCCUGAAUGCCACUUUUUUUUUAACACUUAAAGACGUCUGAAUAAUCACUGAAACUUACCGAGAAGAACUAAAGAAUUUUCUCUGAAUGUGUUGUAAUAACUGAAGUGUGCUUCAUGGUGCCUGAAUGUUGUUUUUGCUCUUUUUGCUGUUUGCACUAAAGUCACAAACUACUAAACGCUCACAAAGUGAGGCAUUUCAUCUGCAUUCAUACAGGAGACAAAUAACAGGGAUGCAUAGACUGUAUGUAAAAAGCGCCUAUGCCUUGAAACCUGCAUUACUUUGAAUGACCAGUAGGGGGUAACUCUACCUAUUAAACAUGGACCAUCAUCAUGUUAAAAAUGCUCCUUGGAAGCGGCUACAGAGCACCCACCUGUCUGUCAAAUUGGCCACGCCCACUCAUGCACAACACUUUGAUUUAAUAUAAUCGAAACACAAACGCCUGUGAACGUGUAAUUCUCUUACGAUACGAUAUUGAUAUCGGAUACCAGUUCGAUAUCAUAAAAAAAACAUCUGAAUAUCUAACAUCUAAUGGCCGAUACUAAAGGCUGUAAUAUCUGUAACAUAUCAGAGGUAAAGAAGUUGUAUCAGGACAUCACUGAUUUCAAUAUGCACUCUUAUGAGGAUUCAUCAGUUUUUGGCUCUAGCCCCUAGUGGACGCUUUGGGAACUGCAGCUCAUUUUAAAGGGGUUGCAGUCUGCAGUAGACGAGAGUAAUUCUACUUGUUGCAAUUUCGAUUUAAUCUAAUUUAAGCUUAAUUUUAAGGUCUUUAUCCGUAGUUUGUGUUGUUUUUUGUGUUAUGCUGUUGCCGCACAGCAAGAAGGUUGUUGGUUCAAACCCCUGGCCAGGCUGGGGUCCUUACACAUGCACACUCAGGCCCUCUUCAAGUACAAAACCCCCUCUUUCUACAUACAGUUUAUGACGGUAUCUCACAGCUGGCCUAUCGCGCACGGUUUUAUUUGUUUUUUUAUUACCCACAUUCUCGGGCCAGACUUUCGAUGAACCCAGUGUACCAUAAAAGUGUUUAAAACUUGAAAUGCACUCUAAAAUCUAACUCAUAAUUUUAACGUGCCACUGAUCCCUGUAGGUUUUAUGUUUAAUUUUAGUACAUGAGGGGGUUUAACAGGUCAGUAAACCAAAAUUCAUCAUAUAAGUAAACACAAAAAGAAAGCAAAGUGAACACAACAUUUGUAUGUUUGUGAUCAGACUAAAGUCGGGUCAGUCUGUUUGUAAUUUGCACAAUGCAUUUUAAUAUAUUUAAUUGUUUCUGGCUUUUAUGUUGAUUGUUAAUCUCAUGGAUGUUUUUUAAACUCUUUAUCAGGGUUUCACUCUUAGUUUAUAGCCAACAGUUCAGUCAGUAAGCUGAUGAAACGCCUGUAAAUGUCAGUUUUUUUAACCACUGAAACUCAUGUUUUGAUAUGUAAUAAAUGCAAACAGGUGAAAA